AUGUCGUCGGACAAAGCAGCAGACAUCGAAGGCCGCGGCCCUCAGUCGAAGCAAGAUGUCGAAGUAACGAGUACCACUGUCGACGAAAGUUCGACAAUCGGCAAACGAACAUGGCGACAGAACCUCGCUGCCGUGCUCUGGGACUCCCUCGAUAAGACACCAGAAGAGCGAAAGUUCGUCGCCAAAAUCGACUGGUGGAUACUGAGCUAUUGCUGCAUUGCCUACUUUGUCAAGUACCUCGACCAGACGAACAUCAGCAAUGCGUACGUCUCGGGCAUGAAGGAGGACUUGACCCUGCACGGCAACCAGCUCAACUUACUGACAACUUCUUGGACGAUUGGUUAUAUUGUGGGUCAGCUGCCAUCACAGCUGGUGCUCACGAAAGUGCGGCCAUCAAUCUGGCUGCCGUGCCUUGAGCUCGGAUGGAGCGUCAUAGUCAUGGGGAUGGCCGCGGCGAAGGACGUGAAGACCCUCUAUGCGUGCCGCUUCUUCAUCGGUCUCCUGGAAGCUGGAUCGUAUCCGGGCAUCAUGACUCUGUUAGGUCACUGGUAUACACCUCAGGAACUCGGGAAGAGAUCGUGCAUCUUCCAGGCUUCGUCCAGUGCAGCCCAGAUGUUCUCGGGCUAUCUGCAGGCCGGCCUUCUGUCGGGCAUGGACGGUGCACAUGGUAUUGCGGCUUGGAAGUGGCUAUUCAUCUUUGACGGCAUAAUCGGCAUCCCCAUAGCCUGCUACGGCUUCUGGGCCAUCCCGGACCAACCGGCCAUGAGUCGGGCUCGCUGGCUGAAGCCAGAAGACCGGCAAAUGGGCAUAGCCCGCAUGGAGAAAUGCGGUCGUGAGCCGAUGAAGAAGCUCACAUGGCCAGUCGUACGAAGCAUCUUGACCUCGUGGCCCAUAUACCUAUUCUGCUCCAUCUUCAUUUGCCACGUCCUGGGUAUCCGCAUCUACUCAUACAUGAACUUAUGGCUCAAGGCAACUGGCCGCUGGACGUCAGAAGAAGUCAAUGUGAUCCCGUCGGCGGGAUACGGCAUGCAGAUUUGCUUCACGCUGAUAUACGCGUGGGUCUCUGACGCGAUCGGUCGUCGUUGGCCUUUGAUUGUGGCUGCCUGCGUGGUCGCCAUGACGGGGACGAUAAUCCUGUCGGUCUGGCCUGCGAACAACAUCCCAGCUAUGAUGACCGGCUGGCUGCUCACUUUCUGCGAGACGGGCGCGGGAGCCUUAAUCAUCGCCUGGCUCCAGGAAAUAUGCUCGCACUCGGCCGAGCAUCGUGCUAUCAUCAUCGGAGUGGUGGAGACGGCGGCUUUCACUUUCCAAGCUUGGGUGCCGCUGUUUGUGUACGACACUGGCCAGGCUCCUCAUUUCAAGAUUGGGUAUGAGAUGGCGACCAUGUUCUUUGGGCUGGAAAUCAUCCUGGCUGUGGCAAUCCUGUUCUGCGCCAAAAAAUGGCCGCUAACGAGGACUGCUCGCAAAUGA